AUGUCGCCGGCUGUUCCCCAGACGGUUAGACUGGGCGAGACUGGGCGAGACUGGGCAGGCGCGAUCAGCGCAAAGACUCCAACACAGGGAAGGAGACAGAGAGACGACAUCCAUAAACGGCAAGCAUCAGCCAAAUGCCCCCAAAAUCAAGCGGGUCGUCCGACAACUUCCUUCUCCCUGGCAGAUGUCUUGGAACAGACGAGGAAAGAGGGUGUGCGAGGCUACUUCCUUGACCAGAGAGCCAGAGUACUCCCAAGAGGCUCUGUCUCCUGCUUCCUGUUUCUCCAGGAAGGUGUGGCUGGCCGACAGUUUAUUACGGAACAUGUGGUCGCUGGCACCCCCCAGUCGUAUCCCACGCCGCCCGAAUCAUGA